CAAUAGGCUCUCCAUCUCUCGACACCCUCUUUGACAUCCUGUCCAAGGCAAAACUUGGUAUGUUUUUUUGAGCCGAAUACUCGGGGAAUGUGCCAGUGAAAAGAAUCAAAGAUGGGAUUUAUAUAAUGGAUAACAUACUGAACAAAUAAGAUGACUGGUUUUGCAUCAUGUCCAGGCAUUGUUAUUAUCACUUUCAUCACAUCUUUAGUCUUUAUCACCAGCACAGCAGAGAUAUGGAAUAACGAAGUUUCAGAUGUUCAGUAUGGAAAACUAGGAUCCAAUGUAACUCUUGUGUGCAGCGAAUCCAGAAAUGGCUCUGCUGUGGAAUGGAGGCUGAAUGGCAGUUUGCUAACGUUUGCACAUGUCGUCUUGGAAAAUGGCAAUCUCAUCUUGACCAAUACAGAUUCUACAAUGGAAGGCAACUACAGCUGUCACAACAAGAAGAAUCAGCUUCUGAAGGCCAUAUUCCUAAGACUGGGAAAUUCUCCAGGACUUCUCCAUGUUCAAUGCAGAGCAUCCAAUCAUUACAGUAUUACCUGUUUCUGGAAGCAACAUAUAAAGACUCUUCUGCCCACAAAAUACAUCACCACUUUCAGUGAUGCCAUAAACACAUUUGAGACAUGCCACCAGGAACCUCUAGAAAUCAAUGUAUGCACAAUAAAAAACCCAAACUCCUGGCAUCCUUCUCAUCUUGUCAAUAUCACAGAGAUCAAUCCAGUUGGAGCAAGCUUCACUUUAUUUAGAAUACAGUUUCUAGACAUUGUGAAGCCUGAUCCCCCUGAAUUCAUCACAACAGAACCCAUCCCAAAUUACCCCAAACGACUAAGGGUGUUGUGGAAGUACCCAGCCUCCUGGCCUGAAGAAGAUCAUUUUCGCCUUAAAUUCCAGCUUGAAUACAAGCCACUGAUGUUGAGUUCCUGGUCUGUGGUGGAAACUACGAAGAGGGAAGAAACACUGAAAGAUGUGUUUGCUGGCCAUAUUCAUGUAAUCCGAGUAAGAGCUAAGGAUUUCUUAGAUGCUGGAAACUGGAGCGAUUGGAGUCCUGAAAUAACUGCUCAAGCUUGGUUUGCCGAACCAUCUUCUGAACCGACUUCACAGCCUGUGGAUUAUGAAAGUAUAAACACAAAGCAAGAAACAUCAGAUCUUUUAUCUACUUCAGAAGCAAAAGUGUCAAGCAAUGGACAGGACGAAAAUGUAGCCCUACUGGUGUCUCUUGGAUCCUUUGCAGGUGUAAUUUUGGCGCUUUUGGCUUUCUUCGCAGUUCUUGUCUGGUCAAAACACAAAGGAAAGAAGGAGGCGACAAAACAAGAAAUUACCUCAAUGAUGAAGAUGAAGUCUUUACAAGUUUAGCAGCUAAAGGAAGAAGAGCUUAUGUGUUCUGAGGUCAAUCCUUCAAGGUAUCUUCACAAAGAAUGUCUAGCACUGCCAAGAAAGACAUUUUAACAGCAAAGAGCCUUAAGAAAAAUAUCACUUUCCCAUGCUGGGAAAGCCUGACUUGUGAUAUGAAGCUAAUGGCAUGUUUUACAUUAAGUUGUUAUUUGUUGUACAGUAUGUUUAACUCUGACACAUGUUGAGAGCACUUUGACCCAGGUGCUAUGAUUGUUUAAACUUUGCCAGUACCAGCAGUUGACAUAUUAUGUUUGGCUUUCCAUUACUACAUCUGUCUUAUGCUGAUAUACACUUUACACGAUUCACAACACACAUCAUUACCACACUACUUGCAGUAUGACAAAACAGGUGUAACAACAGUAAAGAUAAGAAUAGUGGAAUAGUUUAAUUUUGGGACAACUUACCUGUUAGGGUGAAAUAACAUACAAAGUACAUUUUUGAUCAGGACAAUUAAGUACCCACUUUAAGAUGUAUGAAUGAAGCAAAUUGUUUAGCCUGAAAUUAUUGAUUGUUUAAAUACGAGCACACACACAGAAUACCUUACACGAAAGAAUAAUCUGUUAGGACUAAAAUGUUCUUUAAAAUUUUGCAUUUUUUAAAACAAAUGGUCUAAUUUAGAGACUUAUGAAUAGAAUACUUUACCAAUUUAAUGUCAUGGCUGAAACUUUAAAAAGCAAAUGAACACUAAAACAUUUAAAAUUGAGCUUUAUAUUUCUGGAAAUCAACAAAUUUUAGGUGGCACGGAUUUUCUUUUUUUUUUGUCUUUGCUUACUAGCAAAAAUAUACAUUCCUUUAUAUAAACACCCCCCCCCCCCCACCCCCCCCC